UCAGUUGACGUAAGGGCGAGUUAUAAACGCGUUCCGUUGCGUGUUUGUCGCACGAUAAGCACCAACCAUGUGGAAAAAGGGUAACGUUCGCACUACGAGUCUCUGGCAUUCGUGCGACCGAUGUUGAAAAGACGCUCGACCUCUUUUUCUUCGUAAUGCCAAUAUCGAUGUAUGUAUCAAGCUAGCAGUUUGAACGAUGGGCUCAUGUUGCUCGACGAGUUCACGUAAUCCACAGGAGACGUUCGUAGCAGGGUGAGAUUUGCCGUCCGAACCUCAUCGCGCGAGAAUAUGAACAAGAGUCACGCGAAUAAGAAGCUGAAUCAGCUGCCGAGUUGGCUGUGGACCAACUCGACCACCUUACCGCCGGUUUACAAGAUGGUCUGGGAGGCGGUGCGGGAGGACCGGGUCAGGUCGAAUGGCAUGCAGACCGAGCUGCUCGUCGACACCAACAAGGUGUUCCCGCUAUUACUUACUAGCCAGCUCCCUAUGGAGGUGCUCGGUCACAUAUGGAGCCUGGCCAAUCAAAAGUAUGCCGGACAGUUGACUGAGCAAGAACUGUACAUUGUCCUGGCUCUCGUGGCAGCUGCUCAGACGUCCUACACCUUCAACAGUCUUGAUAUAUUGCAUUUACUCCCUUUUCCACCAACGCCCUACCUAAACAUAGAAUGUCUGAUGAAUUUACAGCCUGCCGCACAGGCGAAUGCAUCAAAACUUCAGCACUAUGAGGAACCCAGUAAUAUGAGUAUAGAAGGAAAAUACAUUCCUGAGACUAAGGGAAAAACUAAAGCUAGAAUUCAAGUAAACACAGUGCCUGAUGCAAAUAUACCCUUCUCUGGCAGUACUGGAAAAUUAUCUUAUUUUGAUAGCAAGAUUCACAUGCCUGGUAUAACCGGGAGUAAUGUCAAUAAUUUGUUCAAAGAUGUAAAACAAAAUCUGCGUGUUCAAGUUGAUGUUCCGUCUGUAUCAUCCUUCGACGAGUCCUGUGAUGAAUUUACAGAGUUUCAAAGCGCCCCGAUUCCCAGUGUUUCCACUAUGCCAAUAUGGGAUAGCAAGCAAGGUUCCGCGAUUGGUAGCAGACUCGCUAAUCAUAAUCUAGGAGUGAAAAAACCAGUUGACAAAGUCAAGAAAACUUCUACUGUUGGAACAAAAGCCAUACACACUAAUCUACAAAUUCGUACACCUGCACCUGCAAAUUUGCCAUAUCAAAGUAAAGAUCAGCCUAUAGUAGAAUCUGCAUCUAAUCUGUUUCCUAAAUGUGGAAUAAAGAAUCAGUCCAAAACAGUAAUACUUAAGGACACUGUGAUUAGAAAUAACGACAUGCCUAAAGAUUAUAGCGACAGUUUUAAUAGUCUGGCAGGUAUGGCAGAACCUGUCAGCAGCGAUAAGGAGGUAUUACCUAAAGUGGAAUUAGCACCUAAGGCCAUUACAGUAGAAAUGUCUGAUUCUGUUCAACAAGAUUUAAUGAGUUUACAACAAGUUGAAGAUAAAUACAGUGCAUUGCGUGAACUAGUUCAAGAAACGUCCGUUGUAAAUGAUAUGAGCUUAGAUUUAACUUUUAAUAAUCAAUCGGCUGACGAAUUCGGGGAAUUUAUGUCGGCAGAACAACCACCUAAUAAUUCCACAAUAUCAGAUGCUUUGGAUAUUGAAAGUUUUAGUAUGUUUGCGGAUUUUGAGUUUAAAACGCACGCUAACGCUGAUAAUAAUAAUUUAGCAGAUAUGAACUUUGUAUCUGAAGUAUCUGAGUCGUUUAAUAAUCUAAAACUUGAUGAUGGAAUUGAAGCACAAUUUGUAGAGACAGGAAAGAAUGUUCAGAAAGAAGAUGCUAUUUCGAUAAAUAGUAUAGAAUUGAUUAGUGGUCCAUCCGAAGCACUGCCACGUUCUGGAUCUGUGCCUAGUUUAGAUCUUAAAUCAUUUUUGCCUUCUAAUGUAGAGGAAGAACAAGUUAUAGAAGCUCCACAGCAGACUGUGUAUUGGGAAUGGAAACAAUAUAUGGAAAGUUGUGUUUUAUUACUGCAAGUUGCAGCCAAUAUAUUUACCAAUAUCACGUCAGAAUUAGUUCUGCAAGAAGUUUUAAAUUCAGUCCAGGGAUAUAACUUUCUUUGCCAAUUAGCUGAAGUUGCAGCUGUUUGUAGACGUGUUAAUUUUUCAUACAAAGAGUUGGAUAUAAAUAUUAUUGGGUUUGAUGACCUUUUAAUGGACAUUGAUCGGAUCUGGGCUGAAAUGGAACCUUUUUAUGCAAACAUACCAAUCGUCACUGAACUACCAGCUUGGCCAUUACAUCAAGGAGAAUGUAUAUCUUGUUCCUUGUGUUUAACAGUUAUCACGAGUGGUCGAGUCGUAUAUAACGAUAAUAAUUAUCAUGUAACAUGCGCAAAUUUAUGGCUCAAUUGUGUAAGCAGUCAGUUGCCAGUAAUGCGAUAUUCUUUACUUUGUCAAUCGACUAUAUGUCCAGGAAGCCAUAUUUAAAUGUUAAUCUGCAUGUUGAAAGGUUUUCAAAAACUCAAAAACAAAAAUAUACUAUUCAGACAUUUAAGAUAAAUAGGAGAAUUCGACAUAAAAGUGAUCUUUAAAAAUGGAGUUCUGAUACAAUUUGCAUUUAAUCUAAUGAAUGACACAUAUGUAUAUAAACAAAGUGAAGUGGAGAUUCAAUGUUGAUUAAAAUCGUUUA